AGACCCGGCCCGCAGAGGUGAGGCGGGAAGGCGCUGCGCCCGCGCGGGGCGGAAAGUUCGCGCGCUGCGUCCCACCGGGUCCCGGGAGACGCCGCAGCCCGCGGCGGGGAGGGGCGCGGGAGGCGCGGCCCGGGCGGGCGCGCGAGAGGAAGGUGCCUUCGGGAACACGCGCAAGGGCGGGGAUUCGCGCUGCCAAUGAGGCCCGGGUGUGGGCCGUGCGAGGGUGGGGGACGGGCCGGAGCGCAGCCUUCGCUGUGGCAGCUGCCGGAGCAGUGGCCGCUUCGGGAGCCGGAGGAGAGGCAGCGGCGGACCGUCGAGCUGGCCGCGCCCCGAGGCCCGGCCCUGGGGUGGAGAACCGCACCGCGGAGUUGGAAACUUUCCCGGCAGGUUUCACCUUCGAACUCCUGAAGGAAGCUGCAGUGGCGUCAGCGUAUCCACGAAGAAAAAGAGUGUUGAAAAUGUUAAAAGCUGUGCUGAAGAAGAGCCGAGAGGGAGGCAAGGGGAGCAGGAAGGAAACAGGAGGUGACUUUGGUCCAGAGACGUCCCCCCAAGUCCUGCCCUCUGGCCAUGGUGGCGACUUUUCCGUGAGCAGCCUCCCUGUAGCAGAGGACACCUACAGGGUGAGCUUGGCCAAAGGUGUCUCCAUGUCUCUGCCUUCAUCACCUCUGCUGCCUCGACAGUCUCACUCAGUGCAAUCAAGAUCAAAUAAAAAAUCUCCAGGUCCCGUCAGGAAGCCCAAGUAUGUGGAAAGCCCCAGAGUGCCUGGAGAUGCAGUUAUAAUCCCGUUCCGAGAAGUGUCCAAGGCAGCAGAGCCCAGUGAGAAUGAAGCAAAGGCCAAUAAUGAACCGAGCUGUUCGCCAGCAGCUCAAGAACUGUUGACAAGGCUGGGAUUUUUACUGGGAGAAGGGAUCCCAAGUGCCACACACAUAACCAUUGAAGAAAACAAUGAGACCAUGCGCACAGCUCUGAGCCAAGGCAUCAGUCCUUGCUCCACACUAACCAGCAGCACCGCCUCUCCCAGCACCGAUAGCCCCUGCUCAACCCUGAAUAGCUGUGUCAGCAAGACGGCAGCCAACAAAAGUCCCUGUGAGACCGUUAGCAGCCCUAGUUCCACCCUGGAAAGCAAGGACAGUGGAAUUAUAGCCACCAUUACAAGUUCAUCCGAAAAUGAUGACCGGAGUGGCUCCAGUUUGGAAUGGAAUAAGGACGGAAGCCUAAGGUUAGGGGUACAGAAAGGAGUCCUUCAUGAUCGCAGGGCAGAUAAUUGCUCCCCAGUGGCAGAAGAGGAGCCCCCUGGGUCAGCGGAGAGCGUGCUGCCUGACACUGAAGCCUCAGUUGGAGAUGGUCCGGUCCCUUAUUCUCAGAGCUCCAACUCGCUAGUAAUGCCACGGCCCAACUCAGUUGCAGCGACAAGCUCCACCAAGUUGGAAGAUCUGAGUUAUUUAGACGGGCAGAGAAAUGCCCCUCUUCGAACGUCCAUUAGAUUGCCGUGGCACAAUACAGCCGGAGGUAGGGCACAGGAAGUUCAAGCACGAUUUGCUCCCUACAAGCCACAGGACAUUUUGUUGAAACCCCUGUUGUUUGAAGUACCAAGCAUAACAACAGACUCUGUGUUUGUGGGAAGGGAUUGGCUCUUUCACCAGAUAGAAGAAAACUUGAGGAACACAGAACUGACAGAAAAUAGAGGCGCCGUGGUUGUUGGAAACGUGGGCUUUGGGAAGACAGCCAUCAUUUCUAAGCUGGUGGCACUUAGCUGCCACGGAAGCCGCAUGAGGCAGAUUGCUUCCAGCAGCCCCGGUUCACCGCCUAAAACUUUGGAUUCUUCCCAGGAUCUUCCUGUCACCCCACUGCUUUCACCAAGUUCUUCUGCAGGUGUUACCAACACAGCUAGAACACCCCCUGGGUCUGCGCCUGAUGCUCCUGAGAACCAGAGACCGAGAGAGGAUGCCGUGAAAUACCUUGCCUCAAAGGUCGUGGCCUACCACUACUGCCAAGCCGACAACACAUACACGUGCCUGGUGCCCGAGUUCGUGCACAGCAUCGCAGCCCUGCUGUGCCGGUCCCAGCAGCUGGCCGCCUACAGGGACCUCCUGAUAAAGGAGCCCCAGCUCCAGAGCGUGCUGAGCCUCAGGUCCUGCGUGCAGGACCCCGUGGCCGCCUUCAGGAGGGGGGUGCUGGAACCACUCACCAGCCUAAGAAACGAGCAGAAAAUUCCUGAAGAAGAAUACAUUAUUUUGAUAGAUGGCUUAAACGAGGCUGAGUUUCAUAAGCCUGACUAUGGAGAUACGCUUUCUUCAUUUAUUACCAAAAUUAUUUCUAAAUUUCCUGCCUGGCUGAAGUUGAUUGUGACUGUAAGAGCGAAUUUUCAGGAAAUCGUAAGCACGCUGCCCUUCGUCAAGCUUUCCUUAGAUGACUUCCCGGACAACAAGGACAUUCACAGUGACCUGCAUGCCUACGUCCAGCACCGGGUCCACAGCAGCCAGGACAUCCUCAGCAACAUCUCCCUGAACGGCAAGGCCGACGCCGCCCUGAUUGGCAAAGUGAGCAGCCACCUGGUGCUGCGGAGCCUGGGCUCUUACCUGUACCUCAAACUCACCCUGGACCUCUUCCAGAGGGGACACCUGGUCAUCAAGAGCGCCAGCUACAAGGUGGUGCCCGUGUCUCUGUCCGAGCUCUAUCUGCUGCAGUGCAACAUGAAGUUCAUGACCCAGUCCGCCUUCGAGAGAGCGCUGCCCAUUCUGAACGUGGCCCUGGCGUCCCUCCACCCCAUGACUGACGAGCAGAUCUUCCAGGCUAUUAAUGCAGGCCACAUACAAGGGGAGCAGGGGUGGGAGGACUUCCAGCAGAGGAUGGAGGCGCUCUCCUGCUUCCUCAUUAAGAGGCGAGACAAGACCCGCAUGUUCUGCCACCCGUCCUUCAGGGAGUGGCUCGUUUGGAGAGCAGAUGGCGAGAACACAGCCUUCCUGUGUGAGCCCAGGAAUGGGCAUGCUCUCCUGGCCUUCAUGUUCUCUCGACAAGAGGGCAAGCUGAACCGCCAGCAGACCAUGGAGCUUGGCCACCACAUCCUGAAGGCACACAUUUUCAAGGGCCUCAGUAAGAAGACAGGAAUCUCUUCGAGUCACCUCCAAGCCCUGUGGAUCGGUUACAGCACCGAGGGGCUCUCUGCUGCCCUCGCCUCCCUCAGGAACCUCUACACUCCCAAUGUGAAGGUGAGCCGUCUCCUGAUUUUGGGAGGGGCCAACGUGAACUACAGGACAGAAGUGUUAAAUAACGCCCCAAUCCUUUGCGUCCAGUCCCACCUCGGCCAUGAGGAGGUGGUCACUCUGCUCCUGGAAUUUGGCGCCUGCCUGGAGGGAACGUCGGAGAAUGGCAUGACCGCCCUCUGCUAUGCCGCAGCUGCCGGCCAUAUGAAGCUGGUGUGUCUGCUGGCCAAGAAGGGUGCCAGGGUGGACCACUUGGAUAAGAAAGGCCAGUGCGCCCUGGUGCACAGUGCACUGAGGGGUCACGGCGACAUUCUCCGGUACCUGCUGACCUGUGAGUGGUCGGCGGGCCCUUCCCAGCCGGGCGCGCUGCGGAAGAGCCAAGCCCUGCAGCAGGCACUGACGGCGGCCGCCAGCAUGGGCCACAGCUCGGUGGUCCAGUGCUUGCUGGGGCUGGAGAAGGAGCACGAAAUAGACGUCAAUGGCACUGACGCGCUGUGGGGAGAAACAGCCCUGACUGCCGCUGCCGGAAGAGGCAAGCUGGAGGUGUGCGAGCUGCUGCUGGAGCACGGAGCUGCUGUGUCCCGGACCAACAGGAGAGGGGUCCCACCUUUGUUCUGUGCGGCACGCCAGGGGCACUGGCAGAUUGUUAGACUGCUUUUGGACCGCGGCUGUGACGUGAGCCUAAGUGACAAGCAGGGCCGGACGCCCCUCAUGGUGGCCGCUUGUGAAGGACACUUGAGCACCGUGGAAUUUCUCCUUUCAAAAGGUGCCGCACUUUCUUCUCUGGACAAAGAGGGGCUGUCGGCCUUAAGCUGGGCUUGUCUGAAAGGUCACAGAGCAGUGGUCCAGUUCCUGGUUGAGGAAGGAGCCGAGAUAGACCAGACGGACAAGAACGGCCGCACUCCCUUGGACCUGGCCGCCUUCUACGGUGACGCGGAGACGGUGCUGUAUCUGGUCGAGAAGGGAGCCGUGAUCGAGCACGUGGACCACAGCGGCAUGCGCCCCCUGGACAGAGCCAUUGGCUGUCGAAACACAUCCGUAGUGGUUACACUGCUGAGAAAAGGAGCCAAAUUAGGAAAUGCUGCCUGGGCAAUGGCCACUUCCAAGCCUGAUAUUUUGAUUAUACUUUUACAGAAGUUGAUGGAGGAAGGAAACAUGAUGUACAAAAAAGGGAAGAUGAAAGAGGCAGCCCAGAGGUACCAGUAUGCCUUAAGGAAGUUUCCCCGGGAAGGAUUUGGAGAGGAUAUGAGGCCAUUCAAUGAAUUAAGAGUUUCUCUCUAUCUCAAUUUGUCUCGCUGCCGGAGAAAAACAAAUGACUUUGGCAUGGCAGAAGAAUUUGCUUCCAAGGCUCUCGAAUUGAAACCAAAGUCCUAUGAAGCCUUUUAUGCCAGGGCAAGAGCGAAGAGAAAUAGCAGGCAGUUUGCGGCGGCCCUGGCUGACCUACGGGAAGCUGUGAAACUGUGUCCCACCAAUCAGGAAAUCAAGAGGCUCCUGGCCCGUGUGGAGGAGGAAUGCAAGCAAGUCCAGAGGAGCCAACAGCAGAAACAGCAGGGCCCACCACCAGCGCCACCCAACGACUCGGAUAACGAAGAGGACACCCCGACCCCUGGCUUGAACGACCACUUCCAUCUCGAGGAGGCCGAAGAAGAAGAAACUUCCUCCCAGGAAGAGUCCGUUUCCCCGACGCCCAGGCCUCAGCCACCCUCGUGUGUCCCCUCCCCGUACAUCCGAAACCUUCAGGAAGGCUUGCAGUCCAGAGUCAGGCCGGUGUCCCCGCAGAACAGGCCGGGGGUCGGGAAGGCGCCGAGGGAGGCCGUGGCUCCGCCGGGGCUGGUGAUGCAGCCCACGCGGCAGGCGCAGAUAGUGAAGACCAGCCAGCGUCCGGGGCCCGGGCAGGCGGGCGUGCGAAGCGGCAGCACCAAAAUGCAGGUCUCCGCUCAGACUCCUUCCCCGAGCCCUCUGCCGGGGGGGAUGGCGGCCGCUCCUGCCGGCGGCAGAAACCAGCGUCUGGAGGGCACAGGUACUUUGACCGUGGGAGCCGGUUCCGGCCAUUUCGGAGAGCGGCUGGGCCCCAGCCACGGCGUCCAGCGGCCGCUCGGCGAGGGGGCUGCCGCCUAUCCUUUACCCAGCAAGAUAAAAACUGCGGAGAGGCUUCUGUCUCAUGCCCCCAUUGCUAUGGACGUGGCUCCUUUAAACCAGGGCGGGCUGGCCAGCCGCGGCGACGGGCGACAUCCCGCUUCCCUGAGCUCGGGCUCUUCUGGCUCUCCGUCCGGCAGCAUCAAGAUGUCAAGCUCCACCAGCAGUCUGACGUCAAGCAGCAGUUUUUCCGACGGCUUCAAGGGCCAAGGACCGGACGUUCGCAUUAAAGACAAGGCUGUUAACCCGGUGCAGAGCAGCACAGCGGAGCACAGGCCGCGCAACACUCCGUUCAUGGGCAUCAUGGAUAAGACUGCGAGGUUCCAGCAGCAGAGCAAUCCCCCCGGCCGCGCCUGGCACUGUCAGCUGCCGGAGGGGCUCCUGACGAACGCGACCUCCGCAGCCGGCCUGCAGUCCUUGAACUCGGAGAAGCCCUCUCUCAAACAAGCGGGAGGAUACGCUAGCCAAGCCAAAACCUGUUCUGUUUCUACCCUGGGUGGCAGUGUCCACAAUGGGGCACCGGGGAAAGAGCUGGAAGAGAAGAAAUGCCAAACGGCAGUCCACUGUCAAGAUAACAGGAUCGCCAAGACUGUGUCUCAUCUGUAUCAGGAGAGCAGCUCUAAACAGCAGCCUCACGUCAGUAACGAAGCCCACAGGAGUCACCUCCCUUCAGCCAAACCAAAGCGAUCAUUCAUAGAAUCAAAUGUGUGAGCCUUAAGAGAACCACAUGUGGGAUUGGGAAAACCAUGUGCUAGCUCCUGGUGGUAAUUAAAAGGUUUUUAAUGAGAAAAA